ACAGUGCCAUCCCUCUUGUCUGCAGCCCUGCAACCCUCUAGUACGUGGAACGAGCUCUCGGGCUGCGCCAUCCGCAGACACGUCUAGAAGCCGGCGCUGGGGAAAUGGACCCAGUGACCUUCUUGGACGUGGCCGUGAACUUCACCAAGGAGGAGUGGGCCCUGCUGGACCCUGCACAGAGGAAUCUCUACAGAGAUGUCAUGCUGGAGAACUGCAGGAACCUGGCCUCCAUAGAUAAAACCAAAGACUCAUUCCGUCAGCAGGACGUUAUUACAAAAAAGACAUUUCAUGGAGUGAACAGAGUGUCUCUCACAAGCAACAAUUCCCGGCCCCCCAUGUUAGGAGAAGACUGGAAAUGCCACAAAACAGAGGAGCUGCACCUGCAGAGGGGGCAAAAAUCGAAGCAAGUUGCAGUUGCCCGAGAGAAAGAUGAGUCUCCAGUUGGAGUCUGUGAAUAUCGUGAAAUGAGGGACAAUUCUAAACCUAGCCCAAAGCUUCUGCCUUCACAGGGAGAUGCCACAAGAAAAUAUAUCCCAAAAUGUGGUUCAAAUAUUUUGCAACAAAGUUCUGUUUUAACCAGUAAUCAAAAAAUCUAUAAAAACAAUGACUGUGAUAGAGUCUUGAGGCAGAGCAUUCAGUUGAUUCCACAUGUGAGAAUGCACACAGAGACGAAAUCAAACACAUGGAUUGACAACCAAAACAGUGUGCUUCAUAUGCAUAAUAAAACUUAUAUGGGGGUGAACGUUCACGAAUGGGAUGCAUUUGGAAGAGUCUUCAUUGCAGACUCUUCCCUUAAGGCACACAGAACUCAUGUUAAAGAGAAAACUUACGUGUCUAAUCAGUGUGAAAACAUCUUCCAAAAUAACUCGAUCCAUGCUGUGCAGAGGCAGCCUUAUGUGGCAGAGGCAAAUAAUGAGAAUAGUCAAAGUGGAAAAACCUUUGCCCGCAUUCCAUAUUCUGAUCAGCAUAGGAGAACAAAGACUGGAGAGAAAAGGUAUAGAUGUCAUGACUGUAGGAAAUCCUUUGUUUAUCAGUCAUUCCUUAGGAAACACAUGAAAAUUCACACUGGAGAGAAACCGUAUGAAUGUAAUAAAUGUGGGAAAGCCUUUAGAUAUUCCUUACACCUUAAUAAACAUGUAAGAAAGCACAUUAUGAAGCCGUCCUAUGAAUGUAAGGAAUGUGGGAAAGCCUUCAGUAAGUCUUCAUAUCUUACUGAACAUAUAAGGAUUCACACUGGAGAGAAACCCUAUAAAUGUGAGGAAUGUGGAAAAGCCUUCGUGAAUUCUUCGAGAUUUAAAAUCCAUCUGAAGACUCACAGUUGAGAGAAGUCCAGGGAAUGAAAGGAAUGUGGGAGAAGCUUCACUGAUUUUCUCAAA